UGUGGGCCGGCACUUCGGCAAUCACGCGCUUUGGGCGGCAGCGGCCACCGGGCCGUGACCAUUGCACGGCGAGCGACGAUGCGGCGGACGGCGGCGUCGCUGCUGCGCCACAGCGGAAUCGGCGGCGGCGGCGGAGGCAGCGGGGGAGGCAUCCCGCAGGCGCUCGCCGACGCGCUCGUCUGCCCACUCUCCAAGAAGCCUCUCAGGUACUGCGAAGACAGCGGGUCUCUGGUCAGCGACGCCGUCGGCGUGUCCUUCCCGAUAGUCGAUGGGAUUCCUUAUCUUGUCCCAAAAGAUGGUAAGUUGCUGGACCACGACCAGGACAAAUCAGAAGAUUGCGGUGCAAAGGAUUCUUCCCACAGGCAUUGAACAAUGGCUCAAAUAUCUGCAUUUCUGUUGUGGUAAUAGUUGGUUACUGAAGUUGCUUUUAUGCAAUGAGAAAAAGGUCACCGGCUUUUGUGCUGAUGAAGCAACAAGCAGGCACCAGGCAGAAUAGCUCAAAUGACAGGCACAUCUGCAGAUCUGCUUGUAUGGCUGCGACCGACAAGGCUGUGCACACGAUCGAUCAACAACAUGCAAUACCUCAUGUGAUGUACUGAAAGUAGUUCUAGGCUUUAAAUUGUUUUGGGGCAUUUGGCAAACUAAGAUUUUCUUUAAUCUAUACUGCGAAUUUGAUAAUAUUAUUGCAUUAUGAAAAUAUGGAACACUUGAGAGACAGAGAGAGACACGAUAGUUCGAUUA